AUGGGGCCUCAGAAAGCGCCCCUCCAGCACAGCCCCGGCCCUCCGGCUGUUUGCAAACGCCUGGGGUUCGGAACCGCCCAGCGCGGCCCACACUCCACCCCUGCCCGCGAUUUCCGGUCUUUCCUUUGCGUUUCUCCAGUGUCUCUCACAGCUGGGAAGUUGCUUCUUACUACCGAUCCCAGCCCCAGCUCGCACCCUGCACCCCGAUGUCCCCGACACCCCCUCUCGGCUCACCGCACACCCCUGUGGGCGCCACCCCGCGGGCCUGCUCCCUGUCGCCCUCCCACGGCAGACCCACACCCCGCUCCGCAUGGUCCCCCCAACUCCGAGACUCGGCGAGGCCGAAAAGGAUCUCGGCCAGCAAGCCAUUCUCCGCCCCCCGGCGCCCUGAACUGUGUCCAGAUCUCACCCGCGCGGGUUCCCUCCAACCCGGGCUUCAGCUCGGAAAAUUCUCCCCAAGUCCCCUCCCUCGCACCCCACCCUGAUUCUCCCCAUUCUCUCUGGGACGCGGAGCCGACCCUAAGCCCGCCACCGGGCUCUCCUGCUCCUCUCGGCGCAAAGCCUGGCCGGGCCCGGCAGCCCCCCGGGUCUCUCCGCAACACCAAACCUCUCCCUCGUACCCCCGCCCCUGCCUCCGCUCCCCACACAGUCCGGCCCCCACCUCAGAAACGGUCUCUCGAGGCGACGCUCACCCGGGAGCUCAGAACCUCGCAUGGUUCCCUCCGCCUUCCUUCCCCCCUCCCACCGCAGAACCCACUACGGACCGGAAGCCGUAGGGUUUCCGCCUACACGCAAUGA